AUGCCUAGUAGUUCAAGUAAAAUUGGGUUUGGAAUUAUUUUAAGUUGGCAACAGAUGGAAAAACUUAUUGAAACUAUUGAUGAUGUAGAAAAAACUUGUGAUUUUUCUUGUGCUUAUAAUGAAAGCGUGACACCUUACAAAGAACCUAAACAAAAAGAAUUAAACGAAGUGAACGGAAAUGGUUUUAGAAGAAUGAUGAAAAAAGUCAAUCCACAAUUUUAA